UGCUACACUCAACGGCGGAUUUAGGGGGGAGAUAUUAUGAGGCUGGUGUCAUUAGGCGAUAGCCAUUGAAUCAUUCAAUCUUUUUUACUUGCCGUAUUUUUUCGGUUUUUCCUUUUUCUCGAUAAUUUUCUUUCUCUCUCAGGUCAUUUCCAUGGUUUUCAGAUCCCCUUUAGAGCUUUAUCCCUCCCAUUUCUUCCUGCCAAACUUCGCUGAUCGCCCUCUGCUCCUGGCGAACAGCGCUCCCAGCACCAGGUCUCCAGAAGACUUGUCCAUGUUUCAGCUACCGACCCUCAACUUCUCCCCGGAGCAGGUGGCGAGCGUCUGCGAGACGCUGGAGGAGACCGGGGACAUCGAACGGCUGGGCCGCUUCCUCUGGUCCCUGCCGGUGGCUCCGGGAGCGUGCGAAGCGAUCAACAAGCACGAGUCCAUCCUGCGCGCCCGGGCCGUGGUGGCGUUCCACACGGGGAAUUUCAGAGACCUCUACCACAUCCUGGAGAACCACAAGUUCACCAAGGACUCGCACGGCAAACUGCAGGCCAUGUGGCUGGAAGCGCACUACCAGGAGGCCGAGAAGCUCCGCGGUCGUCCCCUCGGACCUGUCGAUAAGUACCGGGUGCGGAAGAAGUUUCCGCUGCCUCGGACCAUCUGGGACGGCGAGCAGAAGACGCACUGUUUCAAAGAGCGGACACGAAGCCUGCUGAGGGAGUGGUACCUUCAGGACCCGUAUCCAAACCCCAGCAAGAAAAGGGAACUGGCUCAAGCCACAGGACUCACUCCUACACAGGUCGGAAACUGGUUUAAAAACCGGAGGCAACGAGACAGAGCUGCGGCGGCCAAAAACAGGCUCCAGCACCAAGCAAUAGGACCCACCGGUAUGAGGUCCCUCUCGGAGGCCGGUCUCACCCCUCACAGCUCGGCGGAGUCGCCUUCGACCGCGGCCAGUCCCACCACCAGCGUUUCCAGUAUGACAGAGAGAGUUGAUACUGGGACGUCCAUCCUGUCCGUCACAUCCAGUGACUCGGAGUGCGAUGUAUGAUACGGAGAUGGGGGGAAAAAACCGAGAAAAAACAACAACAAAAACAAACAAAAAGAGAAAUAUUUACAGGGAAAAUGGACCUGAGAGGAAGAAAAAAAAGACUUAUGAAAUAUCGCGGAUGAAAAAAGGACCGAUUGAUAUAAAUAUUAAAAUAAAAGAGAUAAAAGCACGUCGUUUUUUUUUUAUUAAAAAGCGCUUUCAAAGGACCCACGCCUCCCCCUCCUCUUCAUACCCCCACACCACCACCACCACCACCGACCACUACUACUAGACUACUUGCAUGAUGUCUUUUUUAUUUUUAUUUUUUUCCAUUUUGUAAUCAGGGAAAAUAAACCUGAAUGCAAGACUUUUUUUUUUCCAUCAGGAACAUCGAUCAGAGGGAAUUUAAAAAAAAAAAACAGAUCGUCUUGGUGUCUUCGUCGCACUUUUUUUUUUUUUUUUUUUUUUUGUUGCUCCAUCUCCGGUUGAAAGUCCAUGUGAUGAUGAUGAUGAUGAUGAUAUGAUGAUGAUGACGGCGAAGCAGCCGCCACGCAGACAAGAUGCAAUCCUGUUUUUUGUUUUUGUUUUGUUCUGUUAGUUUUUUUUAUUUUUACUUUGUGUUCAUCAGACAAUCAUUUUAAGUCGUAAGCACCUUUUUAAUACACUUCUGUCACUGCCUGUGUGGGGUACAUGGUCAAAAAAAUGUGUCGAACGGAACCGUUUAUGACUGUAUCAGAUUUUUAUUUUUAUUUUCAAAAUUUUAUAUUGAAUUAUGUAUAUCUCAAAUAAUGCGAUCAUUCUCCCGGUCUGUAAUAUACGUGUAGAAAUAUGCUUGUACAUAAUUAUUGCUCUCCUCCCCCCGUGUCAUCCUCUUUUCUAUCCCUUCCUCACUUUUCUUGACUUGGUGUUCCUACAUAAAAUAUUUGUCAAAACUUACAA